AUGUGCCACUAUCCUCAAGUUCAAAAACGUGCCGCCGAUGAAAUUGACGAGUUUGUGCAAAAGCACGGUCGAUUCCCUAGUUUCAGCGAAAGAACCGAGGUGCCAUUUUGUGCAGCUACCUAUAAGGAAUGCAUGCGAUUCAGAUCCACAACACCUUUUGGUGUCCCACAUUGCACAAAUGAAGAUGUGGUAAUUGACGGUUAUCUAAUCAAGAAGAACACUGCUAUUAUUUCCCACAUGAAUAGUAUGCACAAGAACCCAGACUUCUACCCAGAGCCCGAGAGAUUCUAUCCUGAGAGAUACUUGACUAAUAUCAAAACCAUGCACGCAGCUGCUAACGGUAAACUAGAGGAAAGAGAUACGUUCAACUUUGGCUGGGGCAAACGGAUGUGCGCGGCCAUCUAUCUUGCCGAGGUGGAACUGUUUGUCUCGUUUAUCCAGGUUUUAGGAAGAUGUACUAUCGAGCCUAUAGUUGACUCGAACGGUGUACCUCAAAUACCAGGCAUUGAUAAUCCAGUUUGCACUCUUACUUCAGCUCCUGCACCUUACAAGGUGAUGUUUGUGCCACGAAAAUGCUCUGUUUGA